UACUACUCAUGGGUCCUAUCACAUUCAAGCGCUGUUUUGUGUUGAGAAGUACAUUUCAUCGUAGAAGUGGUGUUUAUGUUUGAUAAAUCACUAAAUGGCAUCAACUCUGUUGUCGCCGGUGGUUGAUUAUUACAACGAUGAAGAAGAGCUCGACAGUGUGGAUGAAGAUGACGACAGAAGUUUUAGGGGCAGAGACUCGGAAGAAGACACAGAAGAUGCUAGUGAGACGGACCUAGCAAAACAUGAUGAGGAUGACUAUAUCGAGAUUAAAGAGCAGAUGUAUCAAGACAAAUUGGCAUCACUGAAAAGGCAGUUACAGCAGCUUCAAGAAGGCACGUUGCAAGAGUAUCAGAAGAGAAUGAAGAAGCUAGAUCAGCAGUACAAGGAGAGGCUUCGUAAUGCAGAUCUGUUCUACCAACUAGAGACGGAGCAGGUGGAGAGGAACUACGUCAAAGAGAAGAAAGCUGCGGUGAAGGAAUUUGACGAUAAGAAGGUUGAGCUAAAGGAGAACUUAAUUGCUGAGCUGGAGGAGAAGAAGAAGAUGAUUGAGAACGAGAAAUUAACAAUGGAACUCACGGGCGAUUCCAUGGAAGUGAAGCCCAUUAUGACCCGUAAACUCAGGAGACGACCCAACGACCCGGUUCCCAUCCCUGACAAGAGGAGAAAACCUGCUCCUGCUCAGUUAAACUAUUUGCUAACAGAAGAGCAGAUUAUGGAAGAUCUGCGAACACUAAACAAGUUGAAGUCACCAAAGCGACCUGUCUCCCCCUCGUCUCCUGAACAUCUCCCCACCGUCCCCAUGGAGACCACAGUGCAGAGAUACGAAGCACGGAUAGAGGAGGGAAAGCUCUACUACGACAAAAGAUGGUACCACAAGAGCCAGGCCAUUUAUCUGGAGUCAAAGGAGAACACCAAGAUCAGCUGUGUCAUCAGUUCCAUUGGCGCUAAUGAGAUCUGGGUGAGGAAAACAAGCGACAGCACGAAGAUGCGAAUUUAUUUGGGGCAGCUACAGAGAGGAGCGUUCGUCAUCCGUCGCCGGUCGGCAGCAUAAAAAUCCACCGUCCUCAGCCUCUCUCCUUCAUCUCCCCCUCCCUCCUCCCCUCUUUUCCUCCUGUUCCAUUCCCCUUGUUAAAUGCUCCGAUCCUUCGGUCUUCGAGCGUGGCUCCCUCCGUUUCAUCUCUCCUUUGCGUUUUUCUCCACCCUUACUCUGUGCCUGAGGUGGGCUUCUUCUGCCAAGCGACCCCUCUUUCAACCCACCCCUUGUUCAGUAGCAGAGGAGAGGGAAAAAACCCACCACCGCACGCCAGCGACAACUAUUUUCCAUUUACCUUCCCCCCCC